AUGCCCAACGAAAAUCAAAUAAUUGAUGAAAUCAUAAAAGAAGCACAAACAAAUUUGAAGAUUCCAGAAGAUUUUAUAGAGUGGAUUCCAUAUGAACAAUUUGAAAAUAUAGAAAAGAACUGGAAGAAUACAUGUUGCGCUCAAAAAUGGUAUUUCUUCGGAGCAUUUAGAAGAGUCUCACCAAUCCUUCGUUGCUAUGGCCUUACUAAACGUUCUGUAUCUGAAAAUACUGAAGAAUAUAUGCUUGUAAUACAAUUCGCAGAAAAUAAAUUUAAAGCUUCUGACAACAUUUUAUUAUCACAAAAUAAUCAAGAUAUUGAAAAUCAAGUUGUACAAAAUACUUCUAAUGGUUUACAUUUAAAUAGGCAAAAUAAUCCAUACCAUAGCUGUAGAAUUGAUUUAAGUCAAAUAUCAGCUGUUAGUCAAUAUCACG